AUGAGAUCGCUUUAAUAAAUUCCAAAAGUAACCAAAAAGGUUAUUAUUAUAAAUCAGAAGUAAGUUCUAUAUCAUAAUGACUUAUAGAUCGAAUAUGAUUACUGAAAAUAAUAAUCUUUACAAUAUUCAAAAUGUUUAAGUAAAUGAUACUGAAAGAAAGAAUACAAUAACGGAUGAACAACUUCCUAAAUAAUUUGAGGGUAUUUUAUCAAGUUAAAAUAGAUAACAUACAAUUUGAUAGUUAAUAAUCUAUUCAGGAAAUGAUGUUUUUGUAUUAAAAAAAUUGUACUUAAUUAUAAGAGUUUUAAUCUUAAAUACAUGAGUUAAAAUAGAGGGUUUAAUUAAUUGAGUAAAAAUUUUAAGAAAUUGAAGCAACUAAUAAGAAAAAAAAGAAAAGAAGAACUGCAGCUGAAAUUGAUAAAAAUUUUAAAGUGUGUAUUGAAUUUAUAAAUUUUUUAGUGUCCUUAUAAAAAUUGUGAAAAGCUUUAUGGAUCAGAUGUUUCAUUGAAUUUACACAUUAAAUUUAAACAUAAUGGUGGUAAUAAGAGUGAACGUCAAAAAAUAAUUGUAAAAUUAAAUUUUAAAAAAAUAGAAAUAAUUGCAAGCUGGAGAAAUAUCUGAAAAGGAUAUUCAAAAUAUUAAUUUACCACCAGUAUGAAAAAUAUAGUUUCAAU